UCGUGAAAAAUUAACUCUCGUCGAACAUAUAAACGUUGUGAUGUGCCGUUUGUUGUGCAGAAUCCGUCGAGCUAUCCAAUAGCACGCAAUAUAUCAUGUGGUCUCCGUUGAUCUUCAUCCUACUUUGUCAAGGAUAUCUGACGGCAACCGAUCCGAUACCAAGCGUCGAAGAGCCCCACAACGCUUUUCGGUGGCUGAAGGAAAAUGUCAUCUCGAACGACGUGAAUCCGGAAACAUCGUGGCUGAGGGAGUUGAUGGCGAACGAUCCUCAGGCGGCCGAUUCUUGGAUAAGAGAGGGUCUGACGGGUGUGCAAAAUGUGAUGAAACGAUUGGUAGCCUGGUUCGAAGACGACCCGGUGAUGCUGCCGAAAGUGAGGAUAAUGACCGCCGAAGAAAGAUGGUGGAUAGGUCAAAUACUGGACGCGAAUCAGGACGCGGAAACUUGGGAGAGAUCGUUGGCGGGCAGGAAUGACACCGCGGAAGCCGUAAUUUCGCUGAGAGAUCUUCUGAGAAACGAGACCCAGACGUACGUGAAAGGCUUCGAAUAUAUGCCGGACGAAGUGUUCGAGAGAGCCGCAAAUUUCACGAGAACGCGACUGGAGUUAACGUCGGCGGAGGACACGGUGGACGACGAAACACCCAGUACGAACGACACUUGGUGGUUGAGGGUAGCCAAGGCACGAACGAACGGACCCCACAACGCACUUUGGUGGGUGAAACAAGCUGUGCUGAACGGUACCGAUAACGAAACCGAAUGGUUGAGAGAGGGUUUGAGAAAGCAUCGCGAAUCGGCUACGGAGUGGAUAAAACAAGCGCUUCGCAAUACUCGAGAAACCGUCGCGGUUAUCAACGAAGCUAUAAAGAACGAAACAGGAUCGAGUGGUACGGAAAUAGUUGAAGAGAAUUAUUUGUGGUACGUAGAUCAGGCGCUCGACGACAACCAGGAUACUCGAACUUGGAAAGCACUGAAGGCGGGUAGGAACGAUACGGAGAGAGCUAUGGUUUGGUUCAGAGGAGCGCUGACCAAUCAGACUCAAGAAAUUUUAGCGUGGAUGAGAGAUUUGGUGAGCGAGGGACCUCAAGACACGGAAUCCAUCAGGACGAGAAUACUCAUGGCGGCGCUUGCGGCCGAAUCGGAUGAAGAUGUAGCUAGUCCUUCGUCGGAUGAAGAAGUUGACGCUAUAUGGACGAAACUUGUCAAAGCGAAAAAUGACGACGAGGCGACGCAUCCGAACUCACCUACGUCGGAAGCAUAGAUAAAUUCUCCGCAGCUCUUCUUCGACGUGAUUUUCAUCUCAUCUGUACGAUGGUAACGAAGAGGAAAGAAGAAUACGCGAUCCGAUGAGGAUUCCACCGUCUGACGGGACUCGCCAUCUUCAUUCGUAUAAAUUACAAAAAUUUAUUGUUCGCAAUGAAAAUGUCACUACGAAUCUUUUAUUUCUUUGUAGGAAUAGAAUAAAACAUGAUCGAACGUUAAA